CCGCGCCCGCCGCUGAGCCUCAGUCUCGGGAAUGAGCCUCCGGAGAAGAGAGGCAGCCUCUUCCUCCCUCUCUCCCUCCUCUUGCCCACCCAUAGGGAACCACCUCCGCAGGACUUCAUAUGAUGAAUCAUCUAUUAUGGCCAAUGACACUCUAGAAGGUUUUCAUGAAGUGAAUCUAGCAUCACCGACUACUCCAGAUCGCCUAGGAGUAUAUGAAUCUAACGCUUCUGAACAAACUACCUCACCGACUGUCAUCUAUCGCCCUCACCCCCCAGCUGUGUGCUCCACACCAGUUCAGCCAACUGCUCUGGAUGUUGCUGACCUUCCUACACAACCAGUGUAUUCAUCUCCUAGGCAUUUCAAUUGUGCAGAAACAUCAGGUAUCAGCAUCAAUGUUACAGAAACUGUACCUUGUUCUACCUCAGGACCCCAGGGUGGUCCACUCAAACAUGACAAUUUCAGAAGGGAAAGCAGUAGUGCGGAAAGAGAAUUUUUACAAGGCGCAACAAUAAAAGACCCUUCUGAAGGAGGUGACGAUGUUUUGGGGCUGAGCACAGAUAGUCUCUCUCGCUUGCGAAGCCCAUCAGUAUUGGAAGUGAGAGAAAAAGGCUAUGAGAGAUUGAAGGAAGAGCUUGCUAAAGCGCAGAGGGAGCUGAAACUCAAAGAUGAAGAAUGUGAGAGGCUUUCAAAAGUGCGCGACCAACUGGGGCAGGAACUGGAAGAACUUACUGCUAGUUUGUUUGAGGAAGCACAUAAAAUGGUUAGAGAAGCUAACAUAAAGCAGGCCGCAGCAGAAAAACAGCUGAAAGAAGCACAAGGAAAAAUUGAUGUUCUUCAAGCUGAAGUAGCAGCUCUGAAAACAUUGGUACUUUCCACUUCACCAACCUCGCCAACAAAGGAGCUCCAGCCUGGUGGGAAAACGCCCUUCAAAAAAGGUCACACGCGGAACAAGAGUACAAGUAGCGCCAUGGGGGUCAACAGCCAGGACCUUGCUGUGAUGCAACCAAUUGUGAAAGACUGCAAAGAGGUUGACUUAGCCCUAUAUAAUGAAUUCAGAUCCUGGAAGGAUGAGCCUACAAUGGACCGGAAAUGCCCUUUCUUAGAUAAAAUCUAUCAGGAAGAUAUCUUUCCAUGUUUAACCUUCUCCAAAAGUGAGUUGGCAUCUGCUGUCCUGGAAGCUGUGGAGAACAACACAUUAAGCAUUGAACCCGUUGGCCUACAACCUGUUCGAUUUGUGAAAGCUUCUGCAGUUGAAUGUGGAGGACCAAAGAAAUGUGCUCUCAGCGGACAAAGUAAAACAUGCAAGCACAGAAUCAAGUUGGGAGACUCAAGCAACUACUAUUACAUUUCUCCCUUCUGUAGAUACAGGAUCACAUCUGUAUGUAACUUUUUCACAUACAUUCGGUAUAUUCAGCAGGGGCUUGUAAAGCAGCAAGAUGUGGAUCAAAUGUUUUGGGAGGUAAUGCAACUGAGGAAGGAGAUGUCAAUGGCAAAACUUGGGUAUUACAAGGAGGAGCUGUAACUACUCAACUUCUGGUGCUUGCAUGAACUUCCAUAAAUUUACAUAUCUUUUGAUUGAGUCUAAAUCCUAGUCAUUUGAUAUUUAUUUUGAAAGAAAAAAUGGGUCCAAGGCUUCUACUUUUGUGCAAAUUGCACUCCAUAUUCUUGUAAUUCAACAAAUUGUAUAGAUGAAAGCUAUAUUGUUCAUUCGAAGUGAAGGCAAGAAGAUUUUCAGAUGUACUUGCAAUUGUAACUUCUGAUUGAGAAAUGCCAGUUAAAUGCUUUUUGGGAUUUGUGUUUGUUUUUGUGUUCUGGAAAAUUUUUAAUGUAGAAUUUCAGCUUAAUAAAAGUUAAAUUAGA